UCUCUGUACAUAGUAUAAUUUGCAGCCUUCUAUACUUUCUUGUGAUGGUGGCACUGUUUUGUUGUUUUAAGGUGUUUGCUGUUUCAUACCGGGAAAAGUGUUGGAUGAGGCAUUUCGGAUUUUGAGAAUUGUCUCAGCUACACCAAGCGGCGAAGAGCUGCCACGGCCGCACGAGUUACUCAGAGAACUGCGCGACAUAUCAAGCAUGGCGAUGGAGUACUUUGAAGACCGCAUUUUGCCCUCGUAUAAGGACUAUCCGAACUUUUCUACUGCCACCUCCCGCUCCCUGAUGCAUCUUCACUAUUAUUCAGCUCAGCAUAACUGUCAAGUUCCAUCGUCUUUGUCCAUGAUGCGUUCUUCUAAUGGUGCAGCAGAUGCCAUUCCGUCGUCGCCGUUGUAUGUGCUUUUCAUGAAAGACAUAUCUGAUUUGAAUGGGAAGCUGCGCUCUUGUGAAUCGCAGCUCGUCUCCUGUCGUACAAACAUAAAACAUCUGCGAAUGCAGCACUUGAAACAACGCUAUCGCAUCAGUGCCCAAAAUCAACUGAUUAUGCGCCAGAGCCGUCGGCUAGAGUGCAUGAAUCGCAGAUUGUUGGAACACGAAACCCUUCUCGGUGAACUCGUCCUCGAGGUACAGUACGGCUCCAACGCGGCAGCUUUGCGUAGCGAUGCCAACCGCCAGUCUUCCUCUGGGCAGGACUGCGACAUUGUUUCUCUGAACGACCAGGGCACCACCCACUUGCCUGGUGGAUAUCUGGAAAAUUUAUCGCAACGACUACGGACCCAAUUGCUAAUUGGUAUAUUCUUCGUCGUUUGGCUGUUCUCGGCAGCCGUUGUCGUGCUGCUACCCCCUCCCUCCCCACGACUACCAGAAGGAUGUGAACAGCUUCUGAUCGCCGACUUGCCGCAGCCUGCCUUAGGCCCCAAUCGCCUGCGCGCCUCUUCUCAACUUGGGCAACGACAGGGCGAUAUAAUGUUCAGUGACGGAAAUACCAUGUCAGACAUGAACAUACAAAGAGUUAUUCGUCGUAAGCAUAAACCGAUCGAGCCACCAAGUCCAGACACAGACAACGAACCUAAUAAGAAGCGUAGCGUCUUUCAGCGUCUGGGUAGUCGGGAUACGUCCAAAAAGGAUGGGAAGUCAUACAAAAGCGCAGUGCAAGUGCCGCUUCAGAGAUCUGAGGGUAGUGAGGUAGAGAAAUCCACCGCCGUUGUAUCGAGAACAAUGGAAACGGCUUCGCGUAGCACUAACAUCGGUGGCGGUAAUAGCUAUUCACUGAACGUGGAGACGGAUGAAGCUUUGCAGUUGGAGAGGAAACGAUUAGAAAUUCGUCAGAAGCUGAAGGAGCUGGAAGAGGAGAAUGCGAAGGGUGAUCAGAAGAACGAUAAUCCUAAGAGCGCUGUAGCUGCUGAAAUGACUUCUGAUGUUAAGACAGAAUCGCCUGCGCCAGUUGCCGUAGGAUCGUCGUCUUCUGCUGCCCCUGUUGAACCAAAGCAUGUCCCGACGUCGUUUAAAUUGAAGUCGGUUCCAAGUUUGCCAAUCAAAACAUCAGCCUUAAAGCACGCGUCAAAAAAUUCGGAUUUUGCUACCAACAAAGGGAGGGAGAAACUCAUGUUCAAAAUAUCUUCAUUGCGGAACAAACGGCUAAAGACAGAUCGAGAAGAUGGAGAACUAAGCGACGUGAAGGAUAUUGCCCAUAAAAGAACCGAUGCCCAUUUAUUAGGUAGGUCAAGUUUUAAUAUAAUUACAAAUAUAUAUUUUAUAACUAUAAAAUAUAUAUAUAGUUCUUGAGA